AUGAGCGUUCUUUUAGAGACAUCUUUAGGAGACAUCGUUAUUGACUUGUUUGCUGAUUCAGUUCCAAAAGCGUGUGAAAACUUUCUAAAGUUAUGCAAGAUCAAAUACUACAAUUUUUCUCCAGUCCACAGCGUCCAGAAAGCCUUUUCUUUCCAAACCGGUGACCCAAUUGGACCCGACUCACCAGAGAGCGACGGUGGCUCAUCGAUAUGGGGAAUUUUAAAUGGACCUUCGCAGAAAACCUUCCCCGUCGACUUUGCGCCGAAAUUUAAGCAUACCAAUCGCGGCACUGUGAGCAUGGCCACGGUGCCAUCACCGAAGGACCCGGAUACUCGUUUGGCUGGUAGUCAGUUUAUAAUAACACUGGGCGAGAAUCUUGACUACCUAGAUGGCAAAGCCGCCAUAUUUGGAAGCGUGGUGGAAGGAUUUGACGUCUUGGAAAAGAUUAACGAUGCUUUUAUUGACGAGAAAGGGCGUCCACUUAAGGAUAUCCGGAUAAAACACACUGUAAUACUGGACGAUCCGUUUGAAGAUCCCCCAGGGUUGGUCGUGCCAUCUGAAAGCCCCGUUCCCUCCAAAGCCCAGUUAGCCACAGUAAUGAUAGCGGAUGAUGAAGAAUUGGAUGAUAAUAUAGAUGAAGAGUCAUUGGAGAAGCUACGGCGAGAGCGUGAAGCAAGGGCACAGGCUUUGACUCUGGAGAUGGUUGGAGAUUUGCCGUUUGCUGAAGUCAAGCCGCCUGAAAACGUUCUUUUUGUGUGCAAGUUGAACCCGGUUACCCAAGACGAGGAUUUAAAUUUGAUAUUCAGCCGCUUUGGUCCUAUCUUGUCCUGUGAAGUCAUUAGAGAUAAAAGAACCGGAGACAGUCUACAAUAUGCUUUCAUUGAGUUUGAGAACCAGAAGGACUGCGAACAGGCUUACUUUAAGAUGCAGGGAGUUCUGAUCGAUGAUCACCGAAUACAUGUUGACUUCUCUCAGAGUGUUUCCAAGCUAUCGGACACCUGGCGCUCAGAUACAAAUGCCAAAAGGGCUAGCCAACAUGGUGGGUUUGGCGGCAUAUCCAGUCUAGAGAAGAAACGGCAUUACAGGGCAGGGGAAGCGCCUCGACGACAAGAUCGGUAUGGAAUGGUGUUUGACAAGGAAGAUAUUCGUGGGGAAAAUGCCGCCAAAAAAUCGUACAAGCCUUUGCCUCGACAUCGAUCGCGGAGUAGGAGUCCGAGUCAACGGUAUCGCCAUAGGUCCCCUCGACGGCAUGACGACGAGAGGCGGUACAGGCGGAGUAGUCCUGAUUCUCGGUACGACAGAACCUAUGGCCGUGAGCGACGACGGAGAUGA